CAAUAGGGCUAAAUCUAAGAAAUAUCUUGGUUUGGUGCGAUUCAGACGUGGACUUACGUGGACUGUAGAAAUAAAUUUACAAAAAAUCCAAAUAAAAUGCAAAAAUUACAUAUAUUUUUACUAUUUGUGCUUCCCAGCAUUAUUUGUACAUUAAAUUCAGGAAACCGGUUUGUGGUAAGAGCUGAAGAUGAGUUGGACGAUGAGUUAGUAGAUGUAGAAACUGAAGAUUCUGGUGUAACAGGUGACGCAGAAAUCGAGGAAGAUUUGGAAAUUACAACCUCACCAAAUGCUGACACACGUUUGUUAUUUACAAAGCCAUUAUAUUUGCCAGGUGUGCAGUUGAAUUUGCCUGGCGGAGUUCCAGUUGAAUUUUUAGUUGGUUUCGCCAAUAAGGGAGAAGACGAUUUCGUUGUAGAAACUUUGGAAGCUUCUUUCCGAUAUCCAAUGGAUUUCAAUUACUUCAUUCAAAAUUUCUCAGCAAUCGUAUAUAACACUGUCGUCAAACCAGGGCAUGACGCCACAAUUUCAUACUCAUUUGUUCCAUCCGAUACAUUUGCUGGACGUCCGUUUGGCUUAAACAUCGCACUUAACUAUCGUGAUGCCAAUGGAAUUCAGUACACUGAAGCUGUUUUUAAUGAAACUAUUCAUAUUACUGAGGUUGAUGAUGGUUUAGAUGGCGAGACUUUCUUCUUGUAUGUAUUUUUAGCAGCAAUUGUAGUUCUUCUACUUGUUUUGGGCCAACAGUUUUUGGGAAGUGUUGGGAAAAAAAGGCGAUCAACUACACAACGCAAACAAGUAGAAACAGGCACCAACAAUGCAAAUGAUGUUGAUUACGAUUGGUUGCCCGCAGAAACACUCAAACAAUUACAGGCGUCACCAAACUCAAAGAUAGGAAACAAAUCACCUAAACAGAGUCCACGUCAAAGAAAAGCAAAACGCAGUGUUGGUUCUGAUGAUUAAAUUUGAUGAAAAGAAGAAAGAGACAAGUACUCAUUUUUUGAUUGAUUGAUUGAACCAACAUUAACUGUAGAACAACUUUAAAAUAUAAUUUUUCGUUAUUUUUUCUUAAAAAAAAAAUCAAUGAAUAAACAGACAAAAAAUAAAACUAAAAAA